AGUCCCCUGCAUCUAAACGAAAGAUAUUCUUCAAGCAUUUACAGCGGCAUGGACCUGGAUAACAACCAAACAACUAUAAGUUUAUCCAGAUCGACGUAUUGUCCCCUGGAACCACCGCACGUAUCAUGGGAGGUCGGUGGUUCAGCUUUUCACGUGAUUGUAGGCCUAAUAACGGUCAUGGCUUCAUUCCCCACCAUUAUUUUGAACGCAUUGAUAGUCUUAGCUAUAAAGCAAAGAAGAGAGCUGCAAAAACCCUCAAACAUUCUGUUGUCAAGUCUGGCCGUCUCGGAUCUUCUCGUUGGCGUUAUAGUUAUGCCGACAUGUGCCACAAUUGAUUUCUUUACAUUACGCCAAGUUUCGUUUGAGUAUACCUGUAUGUUAAAUCUGGUGAUUAUUCACUUCAUGCCUUUACUAUUCACAGCUACUUUUCAUCACUUGACUAUCAUUGCUUGGGAGAGGUACGUGGCGGUACAAAAAUGGAUGGACUAUAAGCGUAUCAUCUCAAAUGGACGCCUCAAAAAAAUAGCGUUAGGUACCUGGCUCUCUGCGCUCUUCCUAACGGCUGCAUACGUUUCUAUUAGAAUGGCCGUUGUGGACCGAAGAAUUUUGAAUAACUUUUUGGCCAUGUGGUUUACUGUAGAAACUGUUUGUUUAUUUCUUGUUGCACUCUUUUACCGAAAGGUUUACCUUGGAAUACGCAAUCGGAAACUGAAUGAAAUCUCUCAAAUCGACGUUCUAAUGAAAGCAAAACUGGAGUCCAAAGUUGCCAAGACAACUGGUUUAUUAACAGCUGCAGUAAUAUCCUCAUUUAUCCCAAUAUUUCUUUUUGCUAUCUUAGGAAACGUUGUACCACUUCUUCGUACAAAUGCCGCCGUGCGGUUUACACAGUUAGUGACGCAGUUGAACUCUCUAUUCAAUCCACUACUUUACUGUUAUAGAGACCACCGUUUUAGGAAGGCUAUUCGAGAACUGCUAAGGAUGAAAAAGCCUCAAGAAACAAAGUCAGCAGUUGGUGCCGCUCAAUUUUUCAGGCCAAAGGAUCCAUUUAUGUCGUCAGAGCGGCACAUAGAGGGAAAACAUACCCAACGCUUGACAAGAUCAGUAUCUUGCAAUCUAACUGAAGAUUUAUAUUCUAUUCAACGAACACCCAGUGUGGUUAUGUUUAAAAAGUCUUUCUCCGUCCCCACGCUUGAUACAUGCAGCAGCUCCUUAGAUGGCUUACAUCUGCAGCAGCCUUCAUCCAUCGUGGAAACAAAGUCCAUGAUCCAUGGUGAAAGCUGCGCGCGGUGUUAAGUGGGGUAAGACAAUCCUGAAGGUAACGGAAAUGUAACCAAGUCUGAAAAAAAAGACCGUGAAAUAAAUACAUCGAUAUGGAAAUCCUGUGAUUCCAACAAGUCUCCGUAAAGUUGCCAACCGCCACGCAUGAUGGAACUGUUCGAAGACCAGAAACGGUGACAACGAGUAUCACGGCGCCAUAUAAAGCAUCUCUGAACAGCGACUUGACUUGAGACAGGAUUUUGAAA